AUGAAUCGAGAUGUGUCCUCCUCCAAUAAGUAUUUCCUGCGGACCAGUAGAUACCUGGUUGCCCAGUAUGCCAAGCAGCGCAAUGUGAUUCUUCGUUUGGCCUAUGCUACCAUUAUAUACAUGAUUUUCAACGGUGGUUCCUCGAGUAAAGGCAAACCAUCAACUAGGUAUAAACCAGAACAUACCAAAGGAACCAUUGUGGAACGGCUCAGCCAACGAAUCAAGUCCUCUCCGUUGGUUCUUGUGCUGUCCCAAUUAAGUCACAAAAAUGAAAAAACGAGGCCAAUCCUGGCGUACAUGAUUCUGCAAAUAUGCUUAUCAUUUGUCAGGGCACUCAUUGCUCUUAAAGUUGCGGCUCUUGAUGGCUACUUGGUGUCCUCAUUGAUAACAAAACGGUUCAAGGCCUUUUUCAAAUAUUUGCUUCUGUGGACGUUGAUAGGUAUUCCCGCCGCAGUGACCGAGUCUUUAUUAACGAGAACGAGGCAAUUAUUAGCACAAGCAGUACGUCGUAAUGUGACCAAUGAGGUACUUGAUAUUUACCUUCCUGAUAGUGGAAACAGCACAGUGUACCAUUUGAUCAACAAGUCCAAACAUACAAAUCUUGGGAGCAGCAUAGACGACCCUAAUCACAGAAUUACCACUGUCAUUGAGCAAUUUUCCAACAGCCUGAGCUCCCUUCCCUCUCAGGUCUUGACUCCAACGAUGGACAUUGCUCUUGCAGCCCAUCAAUUGUCAAAGACAGGCGAGAAUGCUGCGGAGGGAGGGCUCUUACUGGGGAUUAUUACAAACAUUUCUACAUUAGUUCUCAAAAUUUUCACCCCCAACUUCUCGAAAUUGAGUGCGCUUAGGAACUCCUUGGAAAACAAGUUUCAUGCCCACCAUUCCAAAGUAAUCAACAACAGCGAAGAAAUAGCGUUGGCAAAAGGGCACAGAAGAGAAAUAGAUCUUCUGGAUAUGAACUACUUUGAGCUUGAACGGUUCAAAAGAAUGGAGCUUCGCAGAAUGGCUAUUUACGAUUUUGCCGUCUCAUUCAUUUUCAAGUAUACUUUGGGAGCUUUUGGAUUGCUUCUCUGCUCACUUCCAAUUUUCACCACUGCAUAUAAAUUCAAUUUCAGGAUAUCUGAAAAUGCAAGCAGCAGAAUUUCUGCAGACUUUAUAACAAACAGACGACUGUUGUUGACUGCAUCAGAUUCGUUGGGGAAGCUUGUUCGCGCUAAGAAAAAUGUUCAAAAUUUGCUAGGAUACAGUGAAAGUAUCUGGGAAUUCGAGCAGGUUUUGACCGAAAUCAACAAGUCAAUGGAGGAAGAGGCGAAAUUGGAGCAGGCCAUAAACAACGAGCCAUUGGUGAAGGGCCCGAAUGUCAGCUACGGUGAUGAGAUCUCCUUCCUGCAUGUUCCAUUGAUUACCCCUACGGGAACAGUUUUGGUUGAGGACCUAACUUUCACCAUUAAGCCAGGGGAAAAUUUGCUGAUUAUUGGCCCCAACGGAUGUGGAAAGUCCUCUCUAUUCCGAAUUUUAGGUGGCCUCUGGCACGUUCAAAAUCCUGGUCAUCUCGUUGUUCCACAAAGACGCCAGGACUUGUUUUACUUGCCACAAAAGAGUUAUCUUACAUACGGUUCUUUGCGCGAGCAAAUUGUUUAUCCCGACACUCUCCAGGACUAUCAACAGAAGCUCAGCGAGGCAAGGGCUAGUGGAGGCGUCGUCAAAGAUGAUGCCUAUCUCAUGGAACUUCUUCGUCUGGUCAAAUUGGAACAUCUUGCUGAGAUUGGGUCCGAGGACGAAGACGAUGAGGAAAAGGAUGAGACGUCUUCCAGCAAUUCUCCUCUAGACACUGUCAAGAGGUGGCCUGAUCUCCUUUCCGUCGGCGAGCAACAAAGAUUGGCACUUGUUAGAAUGUAUUAUCAUCAGCCACGGUUUGCUGUGUUGGACGAGUGCACUUCGUCCAUUUCACCAGACCUCGAGCAAGAAUGCUAUCGACUGGCAAUUGAGCAAUUUGGAAUCACUGUUCUGUCUGUGUGUCACCGUACCUCCUUGUGGAAAUUCCACUCUCACAUCCUCAAAUUCGGAAGUAGUAAAACCAAGGAAAUGACGGACGAGGAAGACGAAAGUGACCUCGAUAACACUAGAAUCAGUAUAUCUCCAGAGCCUGCUACGAAAGUUACUUUUAGCAAAUUCGACCCCGCCAAAAGAUUAGCAAGACAUAACGAGCUGAUCGAGAUCGACAAUAUGCUGAAAAACAGAUCCAACGUGCGCAAGAGAUUGCAAUCUCUUGAUCUUAUGAGAAACCGCAGCAAGAAAAUAUUAUAUAUUCAAGAUGAGGACUGA